AAGGUAGAAGAUAUAUAGAAGAAGAAGAUACAUAUGUGAGGAGUGACUAGCAGUCUAAGGAGGAGGAAAUCCCUACAGAUAUCAGCACAGCAGAUGGAUAUAACGGAAGAAAUAUAUCCCAGGAACAUCUCGUUUUAGCUCCAGACUGUGAAAUAGAAGAUAUCACAAGAGAUCCUCCAGGAGAAAACCCUUUUACCACAAUUGUGCAUCCAGUACUUCACUGUGCAGAUAUGUCAUCGGAUCCCUCUAAUCACAAUCCUAUAGAUGCCAAAUGUUUUUCACAGGACACAAAGCUUAUUGCCCAAAAGAACCAUGGGAAGCAAUUUACAUGUUCUCACUGUGAGAAAUGUUUUAGCUAUAAAUCAGCUCUUGUUAUACAUGAGAGAACUCACACUGGUGAGAAACCAUUUGAAUGUUGUGAGUGUGGGAAAUGUUUUGCAGUUAGAUCCGCUCUUGUUACACACGAGAGAAAUCACACCGGUGACAAACCAUUUAAAUGUUCUAAGUGUGGGAAAUUUUUUACAUUGAAAGCAUCUCUUGUUUCACAUCAAACCGUUCACACUGGUGUGAAGCCUUUUUCAUGUUCUGAGUGUGGGAAAUGUUUUAGAGACAAAUCAGCUCUUGUUUUACAUGAGAGAACUCACACAGGUGAAAAACCAUUUUCAUGUACUAAGUGUGGGAAAUGUUUUACACAGAAAUCACAUCUUGCUGUACAUCAGAAACAUCACACAGGUGAGAAACCAUUUUCAUGUUCUGAGUGUGGAAAAUGUUUCAGAGAAAAAUCACAUCUUAUUGUACAUGAGAGAAGUCACACAGGUGAGAGCCAAUAUUCAUGUUCGGAGUGUGGGAAAUUUUUUAUAAAUAAAUCAUGUCUUGUUAACCACAAGCGAAUUCACACUGGUGAGAAGCCAUUUGCAUGUUCGGAGUGUGGAAAAUGUUUUCCCAUCAACUCACAUCUUCUUAGACAUGAGAGAAUUCACACAGGUGAUAAGUACUUUUCAUGUUCUGAGUGUGGGAAAUGUUUACGUGACAAAUCAGCUCUUGCAAUACAUCAGAGAAGUCACACAGGUGAGAGACCAUUUCCAUGCUCUGAGUGUGGGAAAUGUUUUAUACAAAAAGUAGCACUUGUUUCACAUCAGAGAGUUCAUACAGGUGAGAAGCCGUUUCCAUGCUCCGAAUGUGGGAAAUGUUUUACAAAGAAAUCACAACUUGUAGUACAUCAGAGAGUUCAUACAGGUGAGAAGCCAUUUGCAUGUUCUGAGUGUGGGAAACGUUUUAGUGAAAAAGCAGCUCUCGUUAUGCAUGAGAGAAUUCACACUGGUGAGAAACCAUUUCCAUGUUCUGAGUGUGGGAAAUGUUUUUCGGACAAAGCUGUUCUUGUUACACAUCAAAGAAGUCACACAGGCGAGAAGCCAUAUUCAUGUGCAGAGUGUGGUAAAUGUUUUUCAGACAAAUCCAUUCUCAUUACGCACAAGAGAAGUCACACAGGGGAGAAGCCAUUUUCAUGUGCAGAGUGUGGUAGAUGUUUUAUAAAUAAAUCAUCUCUUCUUGAGCAUGAGAGAAGUCAUACAGGGGAGAAGCCAUUUUCAUGUACUGAGUGUGGGAAAUGUUUUACACGGAAAUCAUCUCUUCUUUCACACCAGAGAUCUCAUACAGGUAAGAAGCCAAUCUCAUGUUCUAACUGAGGAAAAUGACAGUAACCCGAUCUUGUUAAACACUCCAUUAUUCAAACAGGUGAAAUAUAGGAAAGUAUUUUAUCUAAAGAACAAAUGUGAUGUAAUAUUUCUCUUGAGAGGUGCUUAAUUUAAUUCACAUUUUUAGUUUUUGAUAUAUAAAUGGUUGAGGUGGCAGUUAUCUUACAAGAUAAUUGUGACUUUGAAUUCUAUUAUCCAAAUGGCGUAAAAGAGUGUAGGAGUACAUGAAGUACUCAAGGGGUUAACUGAGGGUAAUUUCCUAUUGACUAUAGAACAUAUAACCUGACAGACAAGUUCCUUCCAUAAACCUCAUCCAGGAAUAGGCUAAUAUACAACAAUGCCAGUUGCUCAGAGAAAGAUGAAGCCAUAAAUGAGCACUGAUAUCCAACACCGAAAUUGUACAUCAGUUAGCAGCGGAUGGGUGUUCCUAGAGCUUCAGGUGGAGUCCCAGUAUGUGUAUAUUUGUGUGUCUAUAGUAAGUGUCUGGUUCUCUAUUCUGAGCAAAUAUGUUAUGAACAGCCAUCUUUUUGAAGUGUCAUUUGUUCUGUAUAUAUUGAUGUCAUAAAUGUUACAUUAAAAUAUAUAACUGUUA